CCCAACCUCUGUAGGAUCGCCCCAGCGGUCUGACCAGCGCCUCCUAUUUUGGUUCAGAGCGUCGGUAUCCUCAAGUAACGGAUUGAACUCGCUGAGGAUGCUCGGUCGAGGAGUCUUCCUCGCUCUUCAGCUAUGGCUUGGAUCGGCUGUCGCUGCAGACUCCUUAGCGGGAACAUUCGCAGAUGGUGGCAAUACGCUAGUUAGCGCCAUGAUGAUGUUCCUGGGCAACGACGAAAAAGUGUACAUACUGGACAAGGUCGAAGGGAACGCGGAGGAAAUCAACGGGCACCCAGCAUGGGCUGCUGUAUGGGACAUUAAUACGCGUCAAGCGACGUCCAUGGACGUCCUCACGAACGCGUUCUGUGCCUCCGGGAUGCACCUCCCGAACGGCUCCUUCGCCACCUUCGGCGGGAACGGCGCCAUCUCACCCGGUGGUAACCUUGGCUCGGACCCUUAUCCUGGCAACUUCUCCGCGUUCUACGACAGCACGUAUAAGGACUUCGAUGGCACCAAGUCCAUCCGCAUCCUGAAUCCAUGCUCGUCCUCUACCAUCUCGGCCGACCCCUCCGUUCUGGCGCAAAAUGCGAGUUGCGGGUGGUACGACGAUCCCUCUGUGCUGUCCAUGCAGGGGCAGCGCUGGUACUCCACCGCUGAACCGCUCGCGGACGGGAGCGUGGUCAUCAUCGGAGGUUUUGUGAACGGUGGAUAUGUCAAUCGAAACUACCCGAACGUCGAUCCGACGAACGAAGGAGGCGCUGCGAACCCGACAUUCGAGUUCUACCCAAGCAGGAAUGAGCCAGCGGCGCAGAUGGAUUUCAUGACGAAGACGAGCGGAUUGAACGCGUACGCACAUGCGUAUCUGAUGCCUAGUGGCAAAAUGCUUGUCCAGGCCAACUAUUCGACUAUACUAUGGGACUACAACGAGAACAUUGAAACCCCUUUACCCGACAUGCCCGGCCAGGUUAUACGCGUAUAUCCGGCCUCAGGAGCUGUCGCGAUGCUGCCGCUCACCCCUGCGAACAACUACACGCCCAGCGUGUUAUUCUGCGGAGGGAGCGAUAUGCCCGACUUCUCAUGGGGCGAUUACUCCUGGCCAUACGUCGAUACCUGGCUUGUUCCUGCUUCCAAGGAUUGCCAACGUAUUACGCCCGAGCAAGCCGAUGGCACGUUCAACACGAGCGUCCAAUACGAGCAGGAUGACGACAUGGUGGAAGGGAGGACGAUGGGCCAGUUCAUCAUCUUGCCGACCGGCAAGCUCAUGGUGUUCAACGGAGGGAUAAAUGGCACGGCGGGGUACUCGACGCGGACGCUUACCACUCUGACCUACGGGGCCAUGCCGUACGGGAUGUCGCUUGCCUCCGGGCCCAUUGGGACGCCAGCCAUGUACGAUCCUGACGCCGCCCCCGGACAAAGGUGGUCAAACGAGGGCUUCGACACGUCCAACAUCCCGCGCUUGUAUCAUUCGACCGCCCUCCUUCUCCCCGACGCAUCCGUCCUCAUUGCAGGGUCCAACCCGAACGUUGACGUCAACACGAGCACUGUCUUCCCGACGACGUACAAAGCGGAGAUCUUCUACCCGCCCUACUUCGCGUCCCCAACACGCCCGCAGCCACAAGGCGUCCCCACCUCGCUCAGCUACGGCGGUCCCUCCUUCGACAUUACGCUCCCCGCCAGCAGCUACUCCGGCGACGCGAAUGACGCCGCCAGCAACACCACCGUCGUCCUCGCACGCCCGGGAUGGACGACGCACGCAAUGAACAUGGGCCAGCGGCAUCUCCAGUUGAACAACACCUACACCGUCAACUCGAACGGAUCCAUCACCCUCCACGUUUCGCAAGUGCCCCCGAACCCGAACCUGCUCACCCCCGGCCCGGCCCUGUUCUUCGUCAACGUCCAUGGCGUGCCGAGCAAUGGCACUUUCGUGAUCGUCGGAUCGGGCAACAUCGAGCAACAGCCGACCGCGGCGCAGGCCGAGCUCCCGGCGAGCGUGCGGCUAGAUGGCGUGUCGGGCAGCGGGGACGGCUCGUCGUCGAGCGGCCCUUCAAGCUCGGGCUCGAGCGGCGACAAGGGCUCGACCAGUGGCACCUCGCAUACCGGAGCCAUCGCAGGCGGCGUAAUCGCGGGCGUAGCAGCGCUCGCGAUCGCGGCUAUUGCGGGCGUGCUGAUCGCGAGGAGACGGCGCGCGGCGCGAAUGGCCGCCCUCGUCCCGCCCUCGUACGCGAAUGGCGCGCCGGAGCCUAAGGCGGGGGUUUACGGCCGCGCGGGUUCCGGGCACGACUCGAGCUCGUUCAUCCCGCUCCAGCAGUAUGGUGGGGCGAGUCCGAGCCAGGCGGCGUUCCAUGAGUCCAAGGACGACGAGACGGCGAGCGGGACGUCGCGGCCUUGGGUUCAGUCGGGGUAUGGAACGCCCUCGCCUAGUGCAUCUACUGGAACUUUUAGUCCAUACAACGACGGUCCUCGUGGCCUGUAAGAGGACUGUUCAUAUGGAAAGAGCGAUGAUUUGAUGGACGCUGGUCUGUAUGGACUACACACACACCUUUUAUUUCUGACUGUAUGAGCUCCGCUGGCAUAGUUAUAUCUGUUUAUGACUGUUCUACUAUACCGUAAUAUAAUGCUUGAAAUCGAUCAUGACGAUUUUGCACCUCC